AUGACCACCUUUGACGACUAUGCAACCUGCGAUCUCACCCCAGAACGCCUGGCCGCUUUUUAUCGCAAGGUCGGCGGCAAUUAUGACAUCUUGUUUCUUGAGACGAAACCCUCCGCUCUUUCGUUCAUCUAUCAACGUCUCGGGUGCUUUCAUAGCAUCCAACCGUCAUCUGACCCCUAUAAACCCCCCUCGGUCCCGGCACUCCAACCAAACGGCUUUGUGAGAUGGCAGACGAUACAGCUCCUCCUCGAUCCCGAGGAGCAUUCGCGGUAUCUCCAGGCCGCCGUCGAACUAUGGGACGUCCGCGACCAAAACGGACAAAUAUAUCCUAAAUCGAUUCCCCGAGAGGCUUUCCCGCGUGAAUCAGAUCCCGAGAUGGUCGGGUGGCACGAGGAGGUCAGCCGGCGUUUUGAAAUCGACUACUGGAAGAAGAAUAUCCUACGGUCGUCGCCGCCCAACUUCGGUACAUACUAUUUCUACUUCAAUCAGAAAGAGGCCCCAGACAAGAUGGGAGAGAAAGAUCGCCUCCACGCUCAUCGCACCCAACCUGCGUAUCAUCGUGACCCCAACAGUACCGAUGAGGUACCACUAUCAUCCUCACGACACCACCAGCCUCAUCCGAGCAGGGACCUCCCGCGACGAGCACAGUCGACAUACUUCCACCAUCCAGAAAGUCGCCGAACCGGAUAUGCAUCUCCUCGCGCUCCAUCCCCGCCGCCCUGGCCCGCCGCGGAGCAGACAAAGAAAAAGCAGACAAAGACACCACCUUAUUUUUCGCGUCCUGUUAGUCCUAGCACCGUGCCAAUCGACGAAGCCUCCGAUGCUUCUUCGGAGGGCUCCUCCCCAAGCCGGGUCUCACCGCGCCCAUUCCCCGACGGUUACUCCCACCACCGCCAUCUAUCCCCUCCGCAUGUCGCUCACGCCCGCCGCCAUUCCCACGAAGCAUACGCCCGCAGACCGCAGCCUGACCUCUCCCCAGAUGCGGACAGACGCCAAGCGCACAACCGAGAUGCGCACGCCGUUAACCAAAGCCGGCUGUACGACUCGGACGGCGCGCGCAGACCAACGGCAGCUGCAGCCACAGCUACCCGAAGUCGUUAUCCGACCUAUCAGGAGGCCCAACCGGCUAUUCAUCCCAGUGUCAAUUUACGUGAGCAAAUCGUUCCCGAGAAAGUGGAAGUACCCGUAUACGCGUCGCGUGGGUCGUCCCAUCGCUACGCUGCGAAUCCAUACAUCAUGCGGACCCAAGCAGCGGAUCUGAACGACGGUCGUCGAAACAGUUACCACCAUCCCCUUCGUCCUGGGACCCCUGGCGGGAGCGCUGAGGCUCCGCAUUUUAUGACAGGCACGGCGCGGGGGGCGGCGCGGUGGACUGGUGUACCAAUACCCGGGAUGUCGAAACGAGGGGUUGCCGUUCCAGCGGUAGAUGCAGAGUAUCUGCCACGGGGGAGACGGUCGACCAUGUAUGAACGUUGA